AUGUCAACCACCGAGAAGCCCGGCAAUCACCACAGACUUCCUCUCUAUCAAUUAGUGCUGUUGCAAGAUACCAUCACCGACGAUGUUCUUCGCCAUCAAUGGGAGGGCAGUGGCACCGAAGAAGACCCUUACUUGGUUGACUGGCUUGCUGAAGAUUCUCGUGAUCCGCAUCAGAUGCAGGACCGGCUUAAGUGGUCAAUUACACUUCUCCAAGCUGCUUCCUUCUUGUCCAUAACAUUCGCUUCGUCCGCUCUUUCACUGCCUACCCCCAAAUACAGAAGGAGUUCGGAGUCAGCACUGAGUUAG